AUGUGUAGGCUUCUAAUUUAUAAAGGAAAGGCUUCAAUUAAAUUAGCACAUCUAAUUACUAGACCAGCACAUUCUAUAAUUAAUCAAUCUUUUGACUCAAGGUUAAGAAUUGAAUCGAGGCUCAACGGUAGUUGGUAUGAAUCUAAUAAUCAAGAAUCAGAACAGACCGAAUCACCUUGUAUAUUUUCAUCUGUCACACCUGCAUGGAACAACAAGAAUUUAUCAAGAUUAGCUGAAAAAAUAAAGAGUCAUUUAGUAUUUGCACAUGUCAGAGCUUCUAAUUCUGGUGCUUUAUCAGAAACUAAUUGUCAUCCAUGGCAGUAUGAAAGUUUGAUGUGGAUGCACAAUGGUCACAUUCAAGAUUUCUACAAGAUUAAAAGAAAAUUAGUUCAAUCUUUAAAAGAAGAUAUUUUUUUAUUUGUCCAAGGAAACACUGACUCGGAAUGGGCCUUUGCAUUAUUUCUAAAUCAGUUAUCAGAUCCAAAGAAUGGACCGUUUAGCCAUGAAAUUUUGAGAAGUGCAAUGUUAAAAACGAUUCAACAAUUAAAUAUUUGGGCUGAAGAAGAAGGAAUCAAUGAACCAUCCUUGUUGAAUUUUGCUGUGACAGAUGGAUGUUCUGUUGUUUGCACUCGCUACAUCAAUUGUCAGACGAGAGAAGCUGCCUCGUUGUAUUUCUCAUCUGGGACAAGUUUUAUGGAAUAUAAGCCUGGACAUUAUAAAAUGUUUAAAGCUGAUAAAAGAGAAGACAUUGUACUGAUAGCAUCAGAACCUUUGACAUUUGAAAAGACGGAUUGGUUGACUAUACCAUCAAAUACUUGUAUAGUUGUCACUCCUAAAUUAAAUGUUUUACUAUAUCCUAUCAAAGAUCAAUUCUAUACUCCCGACAAAUCAAAAAGAAAAUCAAUCAAUCUUCUUAAAUAA